GGGAGGCUGAAUGGUCACCCUGAGCCCGUGAGCCGCACAUCGUCAGCGCCGUCCGACCAGCGCCUGCUUCUUCUGUGUUUGGGGUAAAUGCAGGGUUUGGGGCUCCUGAUCUUGGGGGCCCUCCUCUCCGUGUGCGGAGCCGAGGAGGGCCUCCAUUUCCCAGCCUACGAUGGGAAGGACCGCGUGCUGGAGCUGGGAGACAAGAAUUACCGGCAGCUGAUGAAGCGCUACGACGUCUUCUGCGUCCUGCUGUGGCCCGGCGCGGCCCCCGGAGACCGCAGCGCCCAGCGGCAGAGCCACAUGACUGAGAUGGUGCUGGAGUUGGCAGCUCAGGUUUUGGAGAAAAAACAAAUCGGUUUCGGGCUCCUCGACCCCAAGAAGAACAGCAAGACGGCCAAGAAACUAGGUUGCACGGAGGACGGCAGCCUCUACAUCUUUAAGGAGGACAAUGUGAUAGAGUUUGACGGGGAGCUGGCGGCUGACGUUUUGGUGGAUUUCCUGCUUGACCUGAUCGAGGAUCCGGUGGAGAUCAUUAACAGCCUGGCGGAGCUGAAAGCCCUGGAGAGGAUGGAGGAGGAAACCAGAGUGAUCGGCUUCUUCAAAAGCGAAGAUUCACAGUAUUACAAGGAGUUUGAAGAGGCUGCAGAGCAUUUCCAUCCGUACAUCAAAUUCUUCGCAACAUUCGAGAAGCCGGUGGCCAAGGCUCUCACCCUGAGGCUCAACGAGGUGGACUUCUACGAGCCGUUCAUGGAGGAACCGAUCACCAUCCCGGACAAGCCGUACAGCGAGGAGGAGAUCGUGAAGUUCAUCACCGAGCACAAGAGGGCCACGCUGCGCAAACUGCGCCCAGAGGAUAUGUUCGAAACCUGGGAGGAUGAUUUGGGGGGGAUACACAUCGUGGCUUUUGCUGAAGAGGAGGAUCCAGACGGUUACGAGUUUCUCCAAAUCCUGAAAGAAGUUGCUCGAGAAAAUACUGAGAAUCCCGACCUGAGCAUCGUCUGGAUCGACCCCGACAACUUCCCACUGCUGGUCACCUACUGGGAGAAGACGUUCCACAUUGACCUGUUCAGGCCUCAGCUGGGGGUUGUUAACGUCACGGAUGCGGACAGCGUAUGGAUGGACAUUAAGGACGCCGAGGACCUGCCCUCCCCGGGAGAGCUGGAGCAAUGGAUCCACGAUGUGCUGUCUGGGAAGGUCAACACCGAGGAUGACGACGACGACGACAAACAUAGUGAUGACAACAGUGAUGAUGACGAUGAUGAUGACGACGAUGAUGACGACGAUGACGAUGAUGACGACGACGAUGAUGACGAUGAUGAUGACGACGACGAUGAUGAUGACGAUGAUGAUGAUUAAGAUUUGCAAAAGCCGGCGGGGUUGGGGUUUUGUUGUUUGUCAGCCACGUCUGACCGCGGGUCCUGAGAGAGGCGUCUGGAGUGAAGAUUGGCGUUAAUGACAUCACACGGGGGGGGGUGCGCCGUGUCCAUCGCAUUAAAUAAAAACAAUGAAACUCUAA